GGGAGGGAGAGAGAGGCAGGCUGCGAGGGGAGAGGAGAGGAGAGGAGAGGGGGAGCAGGCGCUCAGCUCGCAUGAGGACGGGCUUCUCUUUUCCGGGCUCAGUUAAUCUGGCUGUCAGUUGGUGUUAACGCUGCAGUUUAAGUGCUCCGACUCCAAGGGAAACAGACAAAUCUCGCAGAAGGAAGCAAGCAAGGAAGGAACUGCAGGAGGAAAAGAACAGGCAGAACAGAGAGAGGAAUAAAGGGAAGGGGGGACAUACCAAAUCUAUGACUGGACCUGGGCUUCUUUUUCGCCAAUGCAAAAAGGAAUAUGCAGCACAUUUUUGCCUUCUUCUGCACCGGUUUCCUAGGCGCGGUAGUAGGUGCCAAUUUCCCCAACAAUAUCCAGAUCGGGGGAUUAUUUCCAAACCAGCAAUCACAGGAACAUGCCGCUUUUAGAUUUGCUUUGUCGCAACUCACAGAGCCCCCAAAGCUGCUCCCCCAGAUUGAUAUUGUGAACAUCAGCGACAGUUUCGAGAUGACCUAUAGAUUCUGCUCCCAGUUCUCCAAAGGAGUCUAUGCCAUCUUUGGGUUUUAUGAACGGAGGACUGUCAACAUGCUAACUUCCUUCUGUGGGGCCCUCCAUGUCUGCUUCAUCACACCAAGCUUUCCUGUUGACUCCUCCAAUCAAUUUGUCCUUCAGUUGCGUCCUGAGCUGCAGGAUGCCCUCAUCAGCAUUAUCGACCAUUACAAGUGGCAGAAAUUUGUCUACAUCUAUGACGCUGACCGGGGUUUGUCCGUCCUGCAGAAAGUCCUGGACACAGCUGCUGAGAAGAACUGGCAGGUGACAGCAGUCAACAUUUUGACAACCACAGAGGAGGGCUACCGGAUGCUCUUUCAGGACCUGGAGAAGAAAAAGGAGCGGCUAGUGGUGGUGGACUGCGAAUCAGAACGCCUCAAUGCUAUCUUGGGCCAGAUUAUAAAGCUAGAGAAGAAUGGCAUUGGCUACCACUACAUCCUUGCAAAUCUGGGUUUCAUGGACAUUGACUUAAACAAAUUCAAGGAGAGUGGAGCAAAUGUGACAGGUUUCCAGUUGGUGAAUUACACAGACACCAUCCCAGCCAAGAUCAUGCAGCAGUGGAAGACCAGUGAUGCCCGAGACCACACCAGGGUGGACUGGAAGAGACCAAAGUACACCUCUGCGCUUACCUACGAUGGGGUGAAGGUAAUGGCUGAGGCUUUCCAGAGCCUGCGGAGGCAGAGAAUCGAUAUAUCCCGCCGGGGGAAUGCUGGAGACUGCCUGGCUAACCCAGCUGUGCCCUGGGGCCAAGGGAUCGACAUCCAGAGAGCUCUGCAGCAGGUACGGUUUGAAGGCUUGACAGGAAACGUGCAGUUUAAUGAGAAAGGCCGCCGGACCAACUACACCCUCCAUGUGAUUGAAAUGAAGCAUGAUGGCAUCCGAAAGAUUGGUUACUGGAAUGAAGAUGAUAAGUUUGUCCCUGCAGCCACUGAUGCUCAAGCCGGUGGAGAUAACUCAAGUGUCCAGAAUCGAACAUACAUCGUCACUACGAUCCUCGAAGACCCUUACGUGAUGCUCAAAAAGAAUGCCAACCAGUUUGAGGGCAAUGACCGCUAUGAGGGCUACUGUGUGGAGCUGGCAGCAGAGAUUGCCAAGCACGUGGGUUAUUCCUACCGUCUGGAGAUCGUCAGUGAUGGAAAAUAUGGAGCCCGUGACCCUGACACCAAGGCCUGGAAUGGCAUGGUGGGGGAGCUGGUCUACGGAAGAGCAGAUGUGGCUGUGGCCCCUUUAACCAUCACCUUGGUCCGGGAAGAGGUGAUAGACUUCUCCAAGCCAUUUAUGAGUUUGGGGAUUUCCAUCAUGAUAAAAAAGCCACAGAAGUCCAAGCCCGGGGUCUUCUCCUUCCUUGACCCUUUGGCUUAUGAGAUUUGGAUGUGCAUCGUCUUUGCCUACAUCGGAGUGAGUGUCGUCCUUUUCCUGGUCAGCCGCUUCAGCCCCUAUGAAUGGCACAGUGAAGAGUUUGAGGAAGGGCGGGAUCAGACGACCAGUGACCAGUCCAAUGAGUUUGGGAUAUUCAACAGCUUGUGGUUCUCCCUGGGAGCCUUCAUGCAACAAGGAUGUGACAUUUCUCCCAGGUCCCUGUCUGGCCGCAUCGUUGGUGGCGUCUGGUGGUUCUUCACCUUGAUCAUCAUCUCCUCAUACACGGCCAACCUGGCUGCCUUCCUGACCGUGGAGAGAAUGGUGUCUCCCAUUGAGAGUGCCGAAGACCUAGCAAAGCAGACAGAAAUCGCUUAUGGGACACUGGAAGCAGGAUCCACUAAGGAGUUCUUCAGGAGGUCUAAAAUUGCUGUAUUUGAGAAGAUGUGGACAUACAUGAAGUCAGCAGAGCCAUCAGUUUUUGUGCGGACCACAGAGGAGGGGAUGAUCCGAGUGAGAAAAUCCAAAGGCAAAUACGCCUACCUUCUGGAGUCCACCAUGAACGAGUACAUUGAGCAGCGGAAACCCUGUGACACCAUGAAGGUGGGAGGUAACUUGGAUUCCAAAGGCUAUGGCAUCGCGACACCCAAGGGGUCCGCCCUGAGAAAUCCAGUAAACCUGGCAGUGUUAAAACUGAACGAGCAGGGGCUUUUGGACAAAUUGAAAAACAAAUGGUGGUACGACAAGGGCGAGUGCGGCAGCGGGGGAGGUGAUUCCAAGGACAAGACAAGCGCUCUGAGCCUCAGCAAUGUGGCGGGCGUGUUCUACAUCCUGAUUGGAGGACUUGGACUAGCCAUGCUGGUUGCCUUAAUCGAGUUCUGCUACAAAUCCCGUAGUGAAUCCAAGCGGAUGAAGGGUUUCUGUUUGAUCCCACAGCAAUCCAUCAACGAAGCCAUACGGACAUCGACACUCCCCCGAAACAGUGGGGCAGGAGCCAGUGGUGGCGGUAGUGGAGAGAACGGCCGGGUGGUCAGCCAUGACUUCUCCAAGUCCAUGCAAUCGAUUCCCUGCAUGAGCCACAGUUCAGGGAUGCCCUUGGGAGCCACAGGAUUAUAACUGCAGCAGACGGAGCCCCCUUGGGGAGCAUCUUCAGGCUCCCCAGUUCCAUCCCAAACCCUUCAGUGCCAAAAACAACAACAUUGAAACGCAGCCGCCACCAACCACCAUGACCACAAGGAGGAGGAUUCAACAGAUUUUAUGAAAGAAUCGAGAAACUACUUUGCUGCCCCUUUUCCUUUCCUGAUGCUCUUUCACCCUUCUCUGUUUGCUAAGUGAGGAUGACAAAAAACACUGUACUGCAAUAAGGGGAGAUAACCCUGUCUAAUAGAACCUAUGUCUCUGAAAAUGGAGUCACUAGAACACUAACAAGAAAACUGUACUGUUUUCUUUCAAUUCGGUUAACGUGUCUUAGUGUGUGCAAUAUUUUUUUCUUACUAAUAUCCAUGGUUUGCAAGUUCUUUUAGGCCCCUUCCUUUUCCUUACUUACUUCUUAUUCCCAACUUCCUACCCAUCCCUCUUUAGUUUUCAGAUUGGAGAUUCAAGAUUUGUUCCACCUACAAGCAACAGGGAAAAGGUAACCUUCGACCUAAUCUGCCACAGGAGCUCUCCAGGUCACUCUCUGCUCCUCUGCCUCAAGCCACGGAUGAGGAUGGACACUUGUUGGAGUGGACUGCCUGCACUGGACAGGACACUGCCUAGGCACUGAUUUAGUUAAGAGCAUGUGUGAGAAGCAACUCAGAGGGUGGUGGAGAGGGCAAAGGCAGGUGUGCAUCCAGAGGACACGUAAAGUUAUUGCUGGAGGCUCAGAUAAAGCUUCCUUGAUGUGUAACAGCCAACCUUUAGGCCUUAGGUGGAAUGGUAUGUUUCUUUACAGAGUCAUCCUCAGCCCUGGGAAUUAUGGCCUUUUACUACACUCAAGUCCAAAGGUACUCCAGUGGCUGAAGGACUAUUGGCCUCCUGAACCAAGUAGAGCCUUGGGAAUAGCUGACAGCCAGGGAAAUGUCACCCAUGAUUCUCACUCAUCAUUUGCUUGACAUCUGAGUAGGAACCCCAUUGUGGAGUAGACUCUCUUCAGAGCCUCUGAAAUGGGGGUAAAUGCUAUGCAAGCUAAGUACAAAAGAAAGGUGAUGGGAGAAUUUUAGAAGAGUAAGCUUCGGCAAAGCCCACGGAGCAAUAGAACCUUCCUUGGUGUACCCUGUCCUAGGACUGAGAGACCAAAUGUGAAGCUUACAGUUUUGUUGACCUGAAAUACUUGGGUUUUUAUGUCCAUACAAAAGUGUUGUUUUAGCACAUGGCCAGAUAAUGUUCAGUCAUCUUUACAAAGAAAAAUGCUGGAGGCUGACUUAUUUGAAGGAGGAUAGGGAGAUUAAGUUGAUAAUGACAUUGAGAAACCUUCAGAUCCCUGAGCCCAACUUGCAACCCAAGGAGGCUGAUCCUCUCCCUAGCUAAAACAGAAUGAAGAUUUUGUCCUAAUGACUAGAAUUAAUAUACCCAUGAUUGCAAUUACAGCGCUGAACUAAAGCAAGACUGGAGAAGUGACAGGGCUCACGGAGAGAAGCCCAGCAUGACUGCAACUUUGGUUGGGGGUGGGGGGUUCCUGGCACAUAGCUUUCUUGGAGAUACCAACUCUCAUUCUUGGUGCAAUUGGCUUCUAGCUGUCCAGCAGCCACUCUCCUAGGUGCAUGAUUCAGUGUGUGCCAUGUGUCAUUAGCUUUUAUUGAUAACCAUGUUCUGGCUUAUUCCCUCACCCCCUACUUCUAUCCAGUCUUCUCUGCUAGGGGUUAUCAUUAGCAAGUGACAAACUAAAGGUUUGGGAGCCUACCUACAAGUAGGUACAGCAUGAUUGGCUUCAUCUGUGGAUUCUCUCAGUGGACACCCACCAUCUCUGUUUUUUUCCCAUUCUCCUUUCAUCAGCCAUAGCAAAGAACCAUCCUCAAAUCAAACUCUUAACUCUUUUAACCCAACUGUUGUUCAGCCUCUCACCUGUCAGUGUGGGCAUGGUAUGUGAAAUAGGACCAUCAAGAUGGAUUUUCACUUUUCACUACUGCCAGCUGAUCUCCUCCCCACCCGCUGCCCUUGUUGCAGACUUUUCUCAGCCCUUAGCCUACCAGAGCAGAAUCCUCCUAAUGACCACCAUUAGGCAGUCUGCAUUUCAGAGGAGUUAGAAAUAACCCUCUACCAUCAACAUGUUUCAAAGACCUUUUGCCUUUGGCCUGGUGAGAUGCCUCUCCAGCUACUGAGCUCACCAGUAACACGAUCUGAUAGGGAGAGACCAUCUAUGCUAGAAAUGAGGGUUUACGUUAUUUGGGGGUCCAAGACUCUAGUGGAAGAUGCUUUUCAUCAAUGGAGGGGUGACAGGGAAAACAAAAGCAAGAAAAAAGUUAACUUGUAUUAUGUAUUUUUACUACACUUUUCUUAAAAAUAGAGCAAUGGGAAAACUGAAAGAGAUUGACAUUUUUCUCAACAGGAAUCCAUAUUUAACAGUUCUGGCUUUCAUUAAAUUUUGCUCUUUGGUACCUGGGCCUUUUAUUUAACAUCUAUAUUUGUUUUAACUCUCUUGGCAGAUGUGUGAAAGGAUUUUUGCUUGAUCAAACACUAAAUAUUUUUUUGGUUCCUGUUUUUCUUUCAAAUAGCCAGGCUUUUUUUCUUUUGGUAUUUGCAUAAUAUGAAAAUAUCACCAAGAAUUAAAUCACUGUGGAUCCAUUACUAGUUUUCAUAUUUGUCCAUUCCAUUUUUGUGCCAUUUCUGAAGCCAGAGCUCUAGAUGUUAUGUUAUUUCCUUCUUGCUGAGCCUAAGUCCAGUACAUUUAUAAUGGUAACCACCAUACCAGACUUGCACACAGCUCUCAAGCCAUUUCAGAUUAACUAGAUCAUUGUGAGUUAAUCAUCCAAAUAGAAUAACAAAAGAAAAAAAUACAGAAGGCAUUGGCUCUCAAGGGCCGCAGUUUAAUUGCAUGAGGAGCACCGUUUGACUUGUGCUGGUCACACUACCUCUAGGGACCUGGGCAGCUCACAGGGAGUGUCUUACAGACAUCCCCCCCAAGUGAAUCCAGGUGCAUCUGUGAUGUGCACAAAGUCACAGCCAAAACCAGUUCUAGACUUGGCUUCCAAAUAGAUGAUCUUGGUCCUCAGACCAUAUGACCAUCAUUCUUGCCUGAAAAUGUUUCUUUCACUCAGCAAGAUGGGCUUUCUGUAAAGGAUCGAACAUUUGUUGACACUUAGAUGUGGAUGAUUAAGAACAGCUUCAAGUGUUUUCUAUCCCAAGGAAUUUUGCAUAUUAACAGGGGGCCGAGUUCUAAAAUAAAUGAAUGAAGCUCUAACAGUGGCAUUUCAGGCAGUGACUACCACGGUGGAAAGGAGCUGGGGGAAGGAAAAGAAUCCAGCAGACUUGUGUGGAGUGCCAGUCCCUGGACCCAUCAGCAGUCACCUCCAGCACCAGGGCACCUCUAAGUGAAGAAACCCUUAGCAGCUAACACAUGGCGAAAACUGAUCUGUUACCUUACUCUCUGGUCAUUGGUAUAAUGAUCGAAACAGCUGUAAGAGCACAUGUUACAAUGUGUUAAGCUGUAUUGAGCCCUUACUGUUAAGAGCACUUUAUAGCUUCAAUAUCAUGACAAAAGGCCCUCUAAGGUAGGGCCUUACAGAUGAGGAACUCAGAUUUAAGGAGUCCUGAAAUGAUACAGCUGAGAUCUGAGCUGGGUCUACCCAUCUCACUAUUAACAGGUCAUGAUGCAUGAUGGCUAGGAAAUAACAGGGAAGCUGUUUUCUACCUUCUCGUCAUGCUAAAGUAACUGAAACCAGAAGGGUUAAAGCUACAGCAGCUGCACUUUUGGGAAAGCCAGCCUGUCUUCCUGGGGCAUGAGAGAUCACUGAUCCAGACAGGAUUAGUGUCAGGCUUGCAAAAUGGGAAAAGAGGAGAAAGUUGCUUUUAGCCCCUUUAAAACAGAUCCAGGCUAGGGAAUGGCAAGCAGGUUGGAAAGGGGACUGAAAAGUAGGUCCCCUGUGAUAGCUGAUUCAACCUACAGAAGGAUCCUAAGGGCUGGCUUGGGCAAAGAGAACUAGCUUUCUGUGUGGGCAACACCAGGAUCAGUUCUGGGAGUGACAAGGCAAUGAACUUAGGCUCAGCUAAAGAAAGGAGUUCCUAAUGGUGAAAGUAUCCCCACUGCAGUAUUAGAGGGCCCCUGGAAUCAGGACAAACCCCUAUCGGGGAAAUGUCACAGGUGUGAAAGUUGAAAUACAUAUCUUCCCAUUUU